CUUCUACCAGUUUAAUUUAAAAUACUUGAAACAGAGGGAAAAUGGCGAAAAUUUUCAUUGUUGUCGUUGCGUUUGUUUUCUUAUUCGUGAAUGCAGGUGGGCGCAACGUUCCAGCCGGUGGCAGUAAGGAGGAUUACCAAACCCUAGAACAGGCAGCAGCACCCGUGGCUGAUCCACCGAGCAGUAGCGGCGUUGACGACCAAAAGAACAUCUUUGGUGGGGUUGGAGGUUUUGCAGGCAUGGGUGGCUACAUUGGAGGGUUGUUUCCACAUCUUGGUGGGGUUGGCGUAAUCGGCAAGUACGGCGGAAUUGGUGGUGGCAUUGGCUUCGGUCAUGGUGGCUUCGGUGGUGGAGUUGGCGGCGUCGGUGGCGUAGGUGGUGGAUUUGUGCCGUUUCCUUGAGAACUAGUUUGUAAUUAUGGAAAAACACAUGAAUCUACCGCCGUGAGAUUUUUCUAU